UGAAUUUUGUACUAUUUAUAUUAGUGAAGCGCUAGUCUCCUCCUCCUAUCCGUUCGCAUCAGCGCAUCGUUGGCUUUCUCUUCUGUUUUGCUCUUUGAGACGGUGAAAACCAUGGCGGCGAUGGCACCGGCAACACUAUUUCAUCGAUUAUUUCACCAGCCUCGGAUAGAUGUGGUUUGCCGUUCAAAGCCCGGCCAUGUUGGAAUGUGUGUACGCUGUAUCAACUACAUCCCGGAGACGAAAUUAACAUGCCCAAGGUCAUUAGCUCACUGUGGCCCCUCAAAGGCAGGAACGAGACUUCUACUCAAGCCAAUAUCUGCUGUUGGUUCAGGUCUAGAGGCAUCGAUUAGAGAUCCGGAAAAGAACGCAAUAAGCAUUAAAAAUGUGGAGAUUGUCGUGGAGUCUAUAGAAGAUGAUAAGAUGCAAGUUAGGGUAGAUUUGGCAGGUAAAGAAACACAGAUAGUGUUUGAUAAAGUUCUGAGAACCUUGGCCCGUACAGCUCCACCUGUGCCUGGUUUUCGCAGGGAAAAAGGAGGGAAGACAUCCAAGGUCCCGAAGGACUUCCUUGUACAGAUUCUUGGUGAAGAUCGAGUUACCAAUUUUGUCAUUCAGGAAAUUGUGAGCACGACAUUGGCUGAUUAUGCCAAGAAGGAGAAUCUCUCGGUUAAGGACAACAAGAUCAACACCAUACAAACUGCAGAAGAACUAAAGUCGCUGUUUGUCCCUGGAAAUGACUUUGGAUUCAAUGCCACACUUGAGAUUGAGAAAUCUGAGGAUGAGUCCGCCUAAAAUAGCAUCAUCAUCAUCAUGUUUUGUUUAAAAAGGCGCGAUUGAAAUCUUCUACUGCAAAUGAUGAGUAUUGAACAUAACAGUAGGUGCGCACUAGUUUGUGUAUUUCCAUCAUUCGAUUUGAGUUAAGUAAGUAUUUUGAUGCAAAUACUUGUUAUAUAUAUGUGUGUAUGAUUAAACAACACAUUUAACUCGA